UAUUAAAAAAACUUACAUUUGAUAAGAAAAAAAGUGAAUAUGAUGAAAGAAGAGUUUGAUUGUUUGCAUCACUGACUGACAAGAAACCAAAUGUUCAAACACACGACUUCCGCCGCCCGCAUAUGUUCCCUCUUCCACCGUCGAUUCUCAAACCACCAUCGAUUCUCAAACCACCAUCAGGACGUUUCCGAAUUACUCGACAUAAUUUCCCGUCUUCUCGUUCUCCGUCGCUAUGACGCCAUAUCCACCCUUAAAUUCGACUUUUCAGACCAACUUCUAAACCAAUUACUAACAAAAUUAAGAUUAAACCCAAAUGCCUGCUUACAUUUCUUCAAAUUAGCUUCAAAACAGAGUAAAUUUAGACCCAAUGUCAAGUCAUAUUGUAAGUUACUUCACAUAUUAUCUAGGGCACGCAUGUUUGACGAAACCAGAGCACAAUUGAGGGUUUUAGUUGGGUUUUUGGAGGAAGAUGAUCACUUGGGGUUGUUUGUUUGGGGCGAAUUAGUUAGGGUUUAUAGGGAAUUUGGGUUUUCUCCGACUGUGUUUGAUAUUGUAUUAAAGUUUUAUGCGGAAAAAGGGUUGGUUAAUCAUGCACUCCAUAUGUUCGAUGAAAUGUGUAGGUGGGGAAGAGUGCCUAGUUUGCAGUCUUGUAAUGAGUUGUUAAGCGGGUUGGUUCGGAAACGGGAGUUUGGUUCCGUUUUUGGCGUGUAUGAUCAGAUGAGGAAUAUUGGGAUUGUGCCGGAUGUGUGUACUUGUAGUAUUGUUGUGAAUGCUUAUUGUAAGGAUGGACAGGUUGCGAAAGGGUUAGAGUUUUUGACAGAGGUUGAGGAGGAUAUCGGUUUGGAGCCGAAUGUUGUUACGUAUAAUAGUUUGAUUAACGGGUACGUUGGUAUAGGUGAUCUGAGAAGUGCAAAAGAGGUGUUGAAGUUGAUGAAAGAUAGAGGCGUGGAGACUAAUGUGGUUACGUAUUCGUUGUUUGUUAAGGGGUAUUGCAAGCAGGGGAAAGUGUAUGAAGCGGAAAAGGUGAUUAGAGAUAUGAGAGGCGAGAAUCCGUCGUUAGUUAUGGAUGAGUAUGGUUAUGGUGCUUUGAUAGACGGGUAUUGUCGAAUAGGAAAGAUGGAUUGCGCGUUUCGGAUUCAAGACGAGAUGUUGAAAGCAGGGUUGAAGAUGAAUACGUUUAUUUGCAAUUCGAUGAUCAAUGGUUACUGUAAACUUGGUCGAGUCGACGAGGCUGCAAGAGUGGUAACAGGUAUGAGUAAAUGGAAGUUACGACCAGAUGUUUACAGUUUCAACACGUUGGUUGACGGAUAUUGUAAGGAUGGAAACAUAACUAAAGCUUUCGAGCUUUGUGAAAAGAUGGUCCGUGAAGGCAUAGACGCAAAUAUUGUAACUUAUAAUACCCUGUUAAAAGGUUUUUGCCUAAUCAAUGACAUCGACAACGCGUUAAAACUUUGGCAUCUCAUGAUAAAACGAGGUCUAAUGCCUAACGAGGUUGGGUAUGGUAUUUUGCUUGACGGGUUCUUUAAAACCGGUGAUUUUAAAUGGGCUUUAACGCUGUGGAAACAGUUUCUCGCUAGGGGAUUCAUCAAACCCGUUAUCGGGUUUAAUACCAUGCUUAACGGAUUAUGCAAGAUGGGAAAAAUGGCUGAAGCAGAGGAGGUUUUCGAUAAGAUGAAUGAUUUACGUUGUCCACCCGAUAAAAUCACAUACAAUACGCUUAUUGACGGUUAUUGUAAAGCGGGUAACAUGAAAAGGGCUCUUGAAAUUAAGAAUACGAUGGAAAAGAAAGCCAUCUCGUUGUCCGCUGAAAUGUACAACUCGCUUAUUACCGGAUACUUUAGAUCUAAAAAAUUAAACAAAGUUGCGGAAAUGCUCAACGAGAUGCAAAACAGGGUUAUAAUCCCGAAUAUUGUAACGUAUGGUGCACUUAUUUCCGGUUGGUGCAAAGAAGGGAUGCUGGAUAAAGCGUUCACGACGUAUUUCGAAAUGAAAGAGAAGGGUUUAGCUCCUAACGUUGUCAUAUGUAGCACGAUAGUCAGCGCGCUAUAUCGGUUUGACAUGAAUAACGACGCGAACAUGCUACUACAUAAGAUAAUGGAUUUUGAUCUUGUACCUGGAGACAAAAGUUUCGAGAAAUUCUUCGAAUUUGACAUGGGAAAAUCAAACGUCAAAAAUAUAUCUGAUAUUGUUGACGGAGUUGUGGAAAGCAAACGGUUUAUUAAUAAUGUCGUGUACAAUGUAGCUAUUUCCGGGCUAUGCAAACUUGGAAAAAUCGAUGAUGCGAAACGAUUCAUCGAUUUGUUAUUACGAAAAGGGUUUGUUCCGGAUAUUUUCACUUACGGUACGCUCAUUCAUGCUUUAUCGUCUGCUGGUGAAGUUGACAAAGCGUUUAAAUUACGUGAUGAGAUGUUGACAAAGGGUGUUGUUCCGGAUAUUACUACGUAUAAUGCUUUAUUAAACGGUUUAUGUAAAUCGGGGAAUGUUGAUAGAGCAGUGAGACUAUUUCGUAAGCUCGGUUCAAAAGGGGUUGCGCCUAAUGUCGUCACGUACAAUACGCUGAUAGAUGGAUUUAUGAAGACGGGAAAUACUCGCGAGGCACUAAAACUGAAAGAGAAAAUGGUGCAUGAAGGUAUUGUUCCUUCGGAUGCCACUUAUUCUUGUUUGAUCAAUCGGGUUCGUAAGAAUGGGGAAGUGAGAGAAGCUGCUAUGUGAAAGUAUCCGUCGAACAUUGCUCGUUGGUUUGAGAAUGCAUAUCAGAAUCUGCGCAUCAUAUGAGUGAAAUUUGAGAAGCAAAAAUGCACGCUCAAUGACUAAUUUGCAAUCGAUAUUGGUCUCCUUUUACUGAUAAUAUCUUUAGUUUCAAAACACCACAUGAAUGAGCUGACCAAUAUUGCGGAUCUAAGUUUGGGAGAUGAGUUCGGUUACAGGCAUUGACAAUUUUCAACGUAAUGACCACCAAAUUGGGCAGGUGGAAGUCGAGUAAUCCUUCUUGAUUCCCGCCUGGGCUAUACCUGCUUCCCAUAACCGGGGCGGAAACAUCUUUUGAACUUGGAGUUGCGUUCAUAAAUGCUAUAUUGACGGCAGUAUAUGGGUAGAGUUGCGUUCACACCAUCUGUUAAUUCUCUUUCCAACGUCAUCUGCUCAACAGAUAUGGGAAAUAUUGGAUGGGAUGGUGGAACAACGGAUUCAAGUGAAGAGCCAAGUACUCGGCUCACGGACCAUGACGUUUUAGAUUUGCUGGUGGAAGUCAAUCAGAAAAAUGAGUCUGAAUUUAGCUGAAAGAGCUCCUGGACUUGUUUUCGGUAAUUAUAUCUAGCAUCUGGAUAUUUAGCGAAUUGGGUUGGUUGGGCAACAGGUCAAAACAGACCAUUUUCUAGUACAUGACACUUAUCAUCCCUUCUUUUCUAAAUCUUCUAAUUAUUACAUUUACGUUGAUUAC